AGUUCAAUCGAAUCGCUAGUGUCAGUGUCAACAAAAAUUACCUUUUGUUGACUGUAAUUUGAAAGUAAUAGAUUACUGUAAAAUUAUUUCCUCAUUACCUUGAACUCUGCAUGAUGUAACUCGAUAUUCAGCUUAUAGAAGGUGUUAUUGUAAAAUAUACUGCAUAAACUAUAAUUCAAAGUUUUUAUAUAUUAAAAUGUUGAUGAAUACUUUUUCUAGUCAGUAGUCUUAUAAUUCGGUUCAUUCAUAAUGACUGUUAAUGUACCAAGUAUGCCCACUGUCAGAAAAUACCGAAGGGAAAGUACUGAAGUCAGCAGCUGUCUCAAAUAUAUGAUAUUUGGUUUCAAUGUAUUAUUUUGGUUGCUGGGAUUAGGAAUUUUAACAAUUGGAGUAUGGGCUUGGAGUGAAAAAGAUAUAUUUAAUAAUUUGGGUAAAGUAGCCAAUGUUGCACUCGACCCUGCUUUUGUAUUAAUAUGUAUAGGAACUGUAACAUUUGUGAUAGGGUUUACAGGUUGUGUUGGAGCCUUAAGAGAAAAUACAUGCCUCUUAGCUACAUAUGCAAUAUUCCUGUCUGUACUUCUCUUAUUUGAAAUGACUGCAGGUAUUCUUGGAUUUAUUUUUAAAGACUGGAUUAAAUCCCAAGCUACUAUUGGAUUUCAAACCUUCAUAAUCCACUACAGGGAAGAUCCUGAUCAACAAAAUUUGAUUGAUUGGAUCCAGGAAGACUGGUUGCAGUGCUGUGGCAUUGAAGGGCCCAAAGACUGGGACAGGAAUAACUAUUUCAAUUGUUCUUCAAAAGAUGUGGGAAGCAGAGAAGCCUGUGGUGUGCCAUUUUCUUGUUGCAAGAGAAAACCAAACGAAAUUAUUAAAAAUAAACAAUGUGGAUAUGAUGUCAGAAAACCCGGAUUUAGUUUUGAUGUAUCCAAAAUAAUAAACGAACAGGGCUGUCUUGAGGCAAUAGAGGAUUGGACAGAAAAAAAUAUGAUUUCAAUAGCUUCUUGCAUUUUUGUUGUGUUGUUUUGCCACAUUUUGGGUAUAUGUUUUGCACAGAAUUUGCGAGCAGACAUUUUUGCUCAGAAAGCUAAAUGGCAUUGACAAUCAAGAACUCCCACUGCUGUUUAGUACAGAACGAUGUAUAGGAUAGCGUGGGAGCCAUCAGCUCAUCAAAUAGAUUUUGUCUGAAAUCUGUCUCAUUGGAUUCAAUAAUAUUUCCAUUUAUUGUAUAUAUUGGGUGAGAGGUAUUUAUCCAGCGUUAUUAUUUUAUGUUAAGAAUCAAUGUUACAGGAAAACAGCAAAUUUAUUCAGGGAUCGAUAGUAAUUAUUACCUAACUCUGAAUUUAAAAUUUAAAUCAAUGUAAAUAAUUAUUUGAAUAAUUCACUUAUACAUCUUUUUAUCUAAGAUAUUUUGAAGUAUAAAAUGAAACAAGUUUAUGACAGUGUUGAUCGAUCUUACCUCUAUAGCACCCUGCGUCUUUUUGGCAUUCCAAAUAGAACGAGGUCUCAGGCAAGGAGACGCCCUCUAGUGUACCCUCUUCAACAUGACACUAGAAUGAAUCAUCAGAAAUAUCGAAGUUAAUAGAGGAGGAACUCUGCUCAACAGAACAGUGCAGUCGAAGGGAAUGUGAACCGAAGGAAAGCUUUGAGCAGCUAGAGGAAGAAUCCUGGAGAGCGGGGGUCACCAUUAACGAGUCCAAAACAAAAUACAUCGUUAUGUCAAGGAGCAGAAGAUCUCCUCCGGGGGCUUCCGAAGUGGGCUCGAAAAUGUACACUCGUUUAAAUACCUAUGAUCACUAGUGACCCAAAAUAAUGACAACUCGAUGGAAAUAAGAGAACGUGUGAAAGCGGGGUAUGGAGAAUACUUCAGUCCCUAACGACUACUAAAGUCACGUUUACUGAAUUGGAGAACGAAAUAGCGAAUCUAUCGCAUAAUUCUCCGCCCGGUUGUCAUAUACGCUAACGAGACCUGGGUGUUGAACAGCCGCGAGGGACGGCUACUCAACACGUGGGAGUGAAAAAUCUUACGCCGAAUAUAUGAACAAGUGUGCGAGCAGAGCAUGUGACGCAGCAGUACAAACGUCUGUGAAUACCCCAGCCUGGAGACGAAGUCAAGAGGAUCAGACUCGGUUGGCUAGGCCACUUGGAGCAUAUGUUUGAGGAGCGGUGGUGCACAAAGCAGAAGUUUAAGGGCCAGCGACUGCCUAGUUGACCGCACAAACGAUGACUGGAUAUUAUCAAACAGGUUCUUCAGCAGCUAGGUUUAAAAGGGUGGAGACGCCGAGCGUUGGAUCGUGAUGACUGGAGGAAUAUGGUGGAUGAGGCCAGUAGUAAUAAAAUCAUCUUGGUUUUUGUUCGGGGUAAAAUUGAAAAAUAAAUUGGUUUCACCAAACUAACCCUUAAUGACUCGAUUAAGGAUUUUAGCAUGUUUUUAGUAUGUUAGAUAUAAUUCUUCAUUGCUUAUUAAAUUGUGAAAUUAUUUGAUUUGGUAUAAAAUUUCAUUUAUAAAUAGGCAAUAGAGAAAAUAAAUAAUUUGGUUGGAUUUAAUAUACCUAAAGGGUUAGGUUAGGUUAUAAAAGAUUUAAUAAAAUUUUGAAUAAAUUAUAAAAAUUACUCAUGAAGAAGUUUUUAGAAGUGAACAAAAAAAUUAGAUUUUUGCUUUUCAUUACAAUACAUUGUAAAUAACUAUAAUUUUUUAAGGUAUGCUUGAAAAAUAGCAAGACAACGAGCAAUGUAAUGCAAGAUGUAUUUAUCAACAGUUGGCUUUGAAGGGGUAUUCUGGUUUAGAAGCCUAAAUUUUAGGCAUUUUUAAAACUAACGUGAAAAAAAGAAAAA